GAGAAAUCGUAUUUCCCAUUGGGUGUGGCUACAGUGACGUUUAGAUUGACGUGCGUUUCGGUCCAUGAUAAACUGGGGACCAAAGCCUCGUGUUUAGCUUGAAGUUGCUAGUCCAUUUCAUAGCCACCGUCCUCUUUAAAUCCUGACAACAUGGCAACCGCGGCGAGCCGAUAUUACAGCGAGGAUGGCAGGGCAACCAAAAGACAGAAAACCGACGGAUUGUCCACGGGCUACGAAGACCCUCACAAGACACUUCCGUCUGUGGUAGUGCACGUCCGAGGACUGGUGGAUGGCGUUACGGAGGCGGACCUGACAGAGGCCCUGCAAGAGUUUGGGGCCAUCAGCUACGUAGUCUUGAUGCCCAAGAAACGGCAGGCGCUGGUGGAGUAUGAGGACAUGAACGGCUCGUCCACGGCAGUGACCUACGCCGCUGACAACCAAGUAUAUAUUGCCAGCCACCCGGCCUUCAUUAACUACUCCACCAGCCAGAAGAUCUCAAGGCCGGGCGACUCUGACGACUCGAGGAGCGUCAACAACGUUCUGCUGCUUACCAUCAUGAACCCCAUUUACCCCAUAACUACAGAGGUUCUCUACACUAUAUGCAACAACUGCGGCCCAGUCCACAGAAUUGUCAUCUUUAGGAAGAACGGUGUGCAGGCCAUGGUGGAAUUUGACUCUGUGCAAAGUGCCCAGCGAGCCAAAGCUUCUCUCAAUGGAGCUGACAUCUACUCUGGAUGCUGCACGCUGAAAAUCGAAUACGCCAAGCCCACUCGGUUGAAUGUGUUCAAGAAUGACCAGGACACUUGGGACUACACUAAUCCCAAUCUGAGUGGCCCAGAUGGCGAUGCGGACGGCAAUGGGAGCAACGCAGACGACAUGAGUUCCAACCCCAACAAGCGCCAACGUCAGCCCGCCCUGCUUGGUGACCAUCCCCCGGAUUACAGAACCGCUUACCACAACUAUGAUGACAGCUACGCUUCCUCGCCGUACGAGAGCCGCCAUAUGGGACCCCCAAUGAGGGGACGUGGCGCAAGAAGCUACGGCCCCAGCUAUGGACCCCCUCCGCCUCCCCCUGGCGAGUACGGAUCCCACGCAGACUCGCCAGUGGUCAUGGCGUACGGACUGGACCCGGUCAAGAUGAACGCAGACCGUGUCUUCAACAUUUUUUGUCUCUAUGGCAACGUGGAGCGGGUGAAGUUUAUGAAGAGUAAGCCGGGUGCUGCCAUGGUGGAGAUGGGUGACUGCUACGCCGUAGACCGUGCCAUUACACACCUCAACAACAACUUCCUGUUUGGGCAGAAGCUCAACGUGUGCGUGUCCAAGCAGCAGGCCAUCGUGCCAGGCCAGUGCUACGAACUAGAGGAUGGCUCCAGCAGCUUCAAAGACUUCCACGGCUCCAGGAACAACCGCUUCACGUCCCCCGAGCAAGCGGCCAAGAACCGCAUCCAGCACCCUAGCAACGUGCUCCACUUCUUCAACUCACAGCCUGACGUCACACCGGAGAUCUUCUCCCAGAUCUGUGAGGACAUCGGCGUCAAGUGUCCUGUCAACGUCAAAAUGUUCACAGGCAAGAGUAAGAUGUUAUGUGUUGUUAAGAUUAGGGGCAAAAAAAGACAUACUCUUAGGGUGUGUGUGUGGGGGGGGGGGGGGUUUGUCCUGCUCAUGUAACACAUUUGCCACUAAUUGCUAGACAAAUUUAAAGGUCCCGUGCCACGUAGACACGCACAGAAGCACACAGUGUCUGAAAUAUUUAACUUUUUUUUUACUGAAUAAGAUCCUAUUGAUGUGAACAUUUCACCAGAUAUUGUGAACAACCCAGGUAAUCCAUACAUACAAAGAAAGUAGAAUAAAUAAGUCAGUUUUUGCCUAAUAAUGAGAAAGGACACAGAGGAAAAUGUAUUGAACAUGCGAAAGAAGGGAGGUGCAAAAACACAUGGAAACCCAAGACCAAAAAUCUAUCAAUCAAUAAUCCAGCCCCUUGUCAGAGCAAAUGAAUAUUAGAUGGCUGAGUACUAAGUUACGGUCUCAUUGCCAAGGGGUGAGUCAAGAUGCAUCUCACGAUGGGUAACAGCAAAAAUCUGUCUCAAGAUCAUUACAAAGCAAUUGGACCCAAUCAUAACGAUGGGAUUGGUUGCAGGAAGCUAAUCAUACCACCAGAAAUUUGCCUCGAUCAGGUGCCCCUCGUAAGAUUUUUGACUGAGGAGUGAAAAGGAUAAUCAGGAGUUGUCCGAGCGCCUAGGACCACCUGUGGAGAUCUUGAAAAAGGCUUGGAAUUGACCCCUCUGUGAAUGUUGCGCAAUCCGCGUCACUGACCAAUCAGAGGCCAGAGAUCUGCCUAAUCUCGGACUCAAAUCUCAGACAACACUGGCUGGAUGGUCCAGUAUAGUUUCUGUCGGCGUUUUAUCGCGUAUUUGGGUUCUUUAACAAUAGAUAUGGUUAAGAGGUGUAGUCACAGACUUUGUAAUAGUGACAACAGGUAUCCUGAAAGGCUAGUUGGUGGAGUUCAAUUCGUACCCUUUCCAAAACCGAAGACAUCAUCAACUCAAUCCAUCAAAAAUCAACCGGAACAGAAGACCGAGUAUGAAAAAUGUCUUGGAUGGAUAAAACUUUGAGGAAGACCGAAUGAUCAACUGAAUCCAUCAACCAGAACAGAUAUGUUUGCACGAAGGUAAACCCUAAAGUUGAUUUUCAAUACAUGUCUC